UACAAGCAAGAUGGCGGUGAGUAAACGCGUUCUUUAUGUUGCCGGGAAAGCAGCAGAAGAUGAAACGUGGUCUUGCGGAGGAGGUGGACGAGAAAGUGUUGCACGCUGCGUUCAUUCUCUUCGGUGAGAGAUAUUCAGAUAUCACAGAUAUUCAGAUCCCGUUAGAUUAUGAGACGGAGAAGCACAGGGGCUUUGCAUUCCUCGAGUUUGAACUGGCAGAGGUUGCAGCAGCUGCCAUUGAUAACAUGAAUGAGUCGGAGCUGUUUGGCAGAACCAUCAGGGUGAACAUCGCCAAACCCAUGAGAAUUAAAGAGGGCUCCUCUCGGCCAGGUCUGCUGUCGAUGGCAAACUCUGGUCCCGAUACUAACGGCUCGCAGUUCUUCGUCGCUGUUGAUAAGACAGACUGGCUGGAUGGCAAACAUGUGGUGUUCGGAGAGCUCAUAGAGGGCAUGGAUGUACUCCGGGCCAUGGAGGCUCAGGCAUCAAAAGAUGGCAAAACCAAACAGAAAGUCAUAAUUUCCAACUGUGGAGAGUUUGUGUGAAUUCAACAUACUGUGUGUGUGUGAGAGAGAGAGUGAGUGAG